AAUUGUACCCAACUCUCAAAACCACAAUCACAUACAUUGCCUAUCUCAUCAUUCUGAGAAGGCAAUGGCCGCUGCCAUCAAUUUCUCAGGGCAAGCCCUACCACGAAGUGUGGGCUUCAAAGCAAGGGAAGGAAUGACCCUCAUCUCCUUGCCCUCAAAAGGGUCAUGCAUGCUAAAGCAGCAAAAGAUGAAAUUACAACAACAUGGAAUGUCCAUGAGAAGCCAAGCAGGGAGUAAAACCUCCAUAACUGUAGUGUCAUCAACACGCUUUGAUGAUUAUGAAUCAAGUCCGUUUUCUGCAUCCGAUACGAUAGCCGAGUUCUACAAAUGUAUCAAUGAGAAGAACUUGCAGGAAUUAGAUGCUUACAUCUCGAACGAUUGCUGCUUUGAGGAAUGCUCCUUUCCUAAACCAUUUAAGGGGAAAAAGGAAGUUGUGCAAUUCUUUGAACAACUUAUGGCAAGCAUGGGCCAGAAUGUGAAGUUCAAUGUCGAACACAUUUGUGAAGAUGAUGACCUUACAGCUGGGGUAAAUUGGCGCUUAGAAUGGAAAGGGGCAUAUAUUCCUUUCACCAGAGGAUGCAGCUUCUAUGAAUGCUCAACAGAAGGAGACAGAUUACUAAUAAAGAAAGCCCGGGUUGUAAUCGAGUCACCAAUCAAACCAGGAGGCAUAGUGCUGACUCUUUUGAAGAAUUUGACUUCACUAUUUGAUGAUUUCCCUAAGACAACCGAAUGGUUACUUAAGAGUCCUCAAGUAAUAAUACAGUACAUAGUAAAGAUCUACACCAUGUUUUUGGCGGCUUUUAUCAACCCAAUUGUGACAGGCUACAUCAACAUGUGGAACUUCGUGAUUCGAUUACUUGGCUUUGCACUCAACAUUCUAAUAAACAUUCUAAAGAUUUUUCUCAAGUAAAGACUACUUACACAAGUUAUGGCUUUCCUUUGUACACAAGCUCCAGCGUUAAAGGUUAAAGCUUCAUACUCGUAGUCAUUUAAUCAUCAUCCUCAUUGCUACUCCACCAUGUUUCAAGCAAUGAGAGAGCAACCAAUGGGCCAAUC